GCUGAACAAGUUUGUCAGUCGGGAUUUACUUUGCCGGAUUAUGUUUGGAGAAGAGGAUUGUCCUGGUGAAUUGCAAGAGGUAGUAGCUAAGAUUGGGAGUGAUUGUAGUGGGCUUCCUCUUGCCAUUCAUGUGAUUGCAGGGCUCUUGUCAAAGGUUGAAAGGUCAAGAGAUGUCUGGGAGAAUGUUUCAACGGAUGUAAAAGCUUCAAUUGUUGAAUCGAACAAGCAUUUCUCAAAUAUACUUUUCUUGAGUUAUAACCACUUGCCGUUUCACUUGAAACCAUGUUUCUUAUAUAUGGGAGCUUUUCCAGAAGAUUACAUAAUUAAGGGAUCUAGACUUAAGAGUUUUUGGAUAGCCGAGGGAUUUGUGAAAUCCAAUGGAGAUAAGAGUUUGGAGGAAGAGGCCGAGGAUUACUUAAAAGCUCUGGUGGAGAGGAAUCUACUUUUGGUUAGACGAAAAAAGCACAAUGGGAAACCAAUGAGCUACUCAAUCCAUGAUCUUUUGAGGGAUCUAUGCAUAAGGAAGGCUAACGAGGAAAAGUUUUUAAACCUCAAGGAUUCCAUGCAUCGUGUAAGCGUUCACUCGUUUUCUGAAAUAGAAGUGUGCGCUUCACCACAAUUGAUGUCCCUUGCUCGAUCUUUUAUAUGCACUGGGAAGAAGAUUGCAUCUACUGUAUUUUCCAUGUUAAGAUUGGUUAGGGUGCUAGAUGUAAUGGGAAUCGAAUACAAAGAGUUCCCAGAAGAAAUACUUCAACUUAUCAACCUACGCUACUUAGCUUUCUCCUGCACUUCAGGUUUACCUAUUGGAAUAUCGAGAUUGUGGUAUCUGCAAACCUUGAUUUGUAAGCAAGUAAUGAUGCUUAGUUUACCUUCUGAGAUAUGGGAGAUGUCCGAGUUAAGACAUUUGAGGUCAGAAACAAUAAGUAAAAUUGGGAACGGAUACAAGAUAAGAUUUGUUCAUACGAAGCUGCAAACAAUUUUCCUUGUUUGGAUAACUCCUUCAUUGAUUAGGAGUGGUUUCUUUGAGAUCAUCCCAAAUAUCAUAUGGUUAGGAAUCUAUUACAUCCACUCACCAGACAUUGAGGUUGAUCUUAGCCAUCUUCACAAACUUGAAAAUUUAAGAUGCCAAUCUGAGUUGGAUAAAGUUGGUAGCUGUUUCCUGAUCAAACUCAGAUUUCCAUAUAGUAUUAGAAAGUUAACUAUAGUUGACUGUGUACUAUUUCGGCGUUUCUUGACAACACUAUGUGCAUUACCGAAUCUGGAAGUGCUCUAUAUAUGCAGAUGUGUGUUCGAAAGAGAUGCACAGGCAGAGGAAGAAGAGUGGGAGGUGACAGAAGGAGAUGAAUUCCGCUCGCUGCAGCAUCUGAACCUCCAGCUCUUAAAUAUAGUGCGUUGGAGAGCCAAGGAGACCAAUUUCCCUAAACUCCGGGAGCUGCAUGUAGUCAAAUGCAAUGAGCUUGAGGAAAUCCCCUGCGAUAUUGGUGAUAUCCCAACACUCCAAGAAAUUUACAUACAUGAAUGUGGCACUUCUGUCAUCGCCUCAGCACUACAAAUUCAGAAGGUGCAGCAAGAGGAGUACGACAACUACGACCUCAAAGUGCUUAUAGAAUAUUAGAAGUGAAAAGAUUUCUGCAACAGGAAUAGUUUCAGCAGAAUCACUCUUGGCUCGGGCUAAACAUAUGUAGUGCAAUAAAAGCUGCUGUUGCUGCUCUUUCAUUUAUUGCAAUAUGCUCCUAAACAGCUCGUGAUUAUAAUGUGUUUGUCACACUUGUUAGUAUUUCGUAGUUUCUUGACAACUCUAUGUGGACCGCCGAAUCUGGAAGUGCUCAAUAUAUGGAAUUGUGUGUUUGAAAGAGAUGGAGAGGCAGAGGAAGAAGAGUGGGAGGUGACAGAAGGAGAUGAAUUUCGCUCACUGCAGUUUCUGAGCAUCAUUUCCUUAAAUAUAGUGCAUUGGAGGGUCAACAAGACCAACUUUCCUAAACUCCAGGAGCUGGAUGUAAUCAGAUGCAAUGAGUUAGAGGAAAUCCCCUGUGACAUUGGAGAUAUCCCAACCCUCCAAAAAAUUUCAGUAUAUAAAUGUGGCUCUACUGUAGUUGCCUCAGCACGAAAAAUUCAGAAUGUUCAGCAAGAGGAGUACGACAACUAUGACCUUAAAGUGAUCAUACGACGUUAGAAUACAAAAGUUUCAGCAACAAGCAAGAAUCACUCGUGGGUCGAGUUAAACGCAUGUACUGCAAUAAACGCUGCUGCUGCUCUUACAUCGCUUGCAAUAUGCUGCUAAAUGUCUCGUGAUUGUAAUGUGGUUGUCACUUUUGGAUGACGUUGCCAUCACAUAUGGUGCGGAAUUCUCAGAGGCUGUAGAGCAGAAGCAAGUGGCCCAGGAAGAGGCGGAGAGCAGGAGAGAAGGGCUGCUAUUAUUCGGGCUGAGGGUGAAAGUGAGUCCGCUAAGCUGAUUUCUGAUGCAGGGGAUGGGGUUGAUUGAGUUGAGGCAGCAAAGGAGAAUGUAGCAUCCAUGGCCAGGAAUGGGAAUGGGAAUGGGGUUUAUCUUGACAAAGAUGUCAUUUGAUGUUUCAAGUUAUUAUCAAUGUAUCCAUUCCUGUUGAAAUUCACUUGCAUGUGGUUUGUAUUGUUAAAUCAUGACAAAAUUAAUAUUCAUUCGUUCGUGAAUAAUUGACACUGAAUUUUACAUUCCAACUAAUCAAUUAAUUGUGGACAGGAGA